AUGGUCGCACUACCUGAGUUGAAGUUUACCUCGCUGGACGAGAUCCCUGAGCGCAUCUCCACGGCCCGCAAGGCCUUUAUGGAGCACAAGACUCGCGACAUCGAGUUCCGUCUUGUUCAGCUGCGCAAGUUGUACUGGGCCAUCAAAGAUCAUGAGGAGGAGAUCAUCGAGGCCUGUGCCCAGGACUUGCGCAAGCCUCGGUUCGAGGCUGCCGUUGCGGAGAGCGGAUGGAUCAUGAACGAUAUUGUCUACACAACCCGCAACCUGCACAAGUGGGCUAAGGAUGAGAAGGCACCAGAAAUUGACCUUAGCUUCAAGUUCAUGAACCCUAAGAUUAGAAAGGAUCCUCUGGGCUGUGUGCUGGUCAUCGGUGCCUUCAACUUCCCCUUCCAGUUGACUCUCGGUCCCGCCAUCGGCGCCAUUGCUGCUGGAAACACAGUAGUCAUCAAGCCUAGCGAAAAUGCCCCCCGCAGCGCCGCUGUCAUGCAAAAGAUCGUCGAGGCGAGUCUCGACCCCUCGUGUUAUACAAUCAUCCAGGGUGGCAUUCCCGAGACACAGGCCCUGCUCGCCGAACGGUGGGACAAGAUCUUCUUCACGGGCGGUGCUACAGUCGGACGCAUCGUCGCCAAAGCCGCAGCUCCGCACCUGACCCCCGUCGUGCUCGAGCUGGGCGGUAUCAACCCGGCCAUCGUGUCCAAGAACGCAAACCCGAGACUUGUGGCCCGUCGCUUGCUCUGGGGUAAGCUCAUGAACGCCGGUCAGGUCUGCACCUCGCAGAACUACUUGCUGGUCGAUAAGACGCUCGUCGGGAAGGUCGUGGAGGAGUUCAAGAUCGCCUAUAAGGAGUUCUACCCCCAGGGUGCCAAGAACUCGCCCGAUUACUCUCGCAUCGUCAACCCGGGCGCCUUCGCUCGUCUUAAGUCCAUGCUUGACAACACUAAUGGCAAGAUCCUGAUGGGUGGCACUAUGGAUGAGAAGGAGCUGUUCAUUGAGCCUACCGUUGUCCAGGUCGAGUCGGUUGAUGACUCGCUAUGCACCCAGGAGAGCUUCGGUCCUUUCAUUCCCAUCUUGGCGGUGGAGAACCUUGACGAGGCUAUCGCGCUGGCCAACGGUGUUCAGAGCACGCCGCUGGGUCUCUACCCCUUCGGUAACAAGGCUGAUAUUGAGAAGGUUCUGUCCUCCACCCGCUCUGGUGGCGUUUCCUGCAACGACGCCGCGCUGCACAUCCCUACCCUUCCCUUCGGCGGUGUCGGUGAAAGUGGCUACGGUGCCUACCGCGGUCGCUCCAGCUUCGACGUCUGGGUGCACCGUCGCCCCGUCACCUCCAGCCCAAGCUGGCUGGAAGCCAUCCUGUCUAUCCGUUACCCACCGUACGCCGGCAAGCUCAGCAAGUUCCAAGCCGCCAGCACACUGCAUCCCGACUUUGACCGUAACGGCAAGAAGCUGACUCUCGGCUGGCUGCGCGCGCUCUUCACUUUGGGUGGAGGCACUGCCAAGGCUGGAGCCGGCCGAGCUGCUGUUCUCGCUGCCAGUGAGUAA